AAGAAGCAGAAGGUGAAGAAGGAUAAGAAAGAGAAGAAGGACAAGAGGUCGAAGGUUGAGAAGAAUGGCAUCCAAGCACCGAGGGACAGUGUCAUACCAGCAGACGAUGCCAUGGCCAAAGAAAAGGGGAGUCUUUCCAAAGAGGAGCGCAAGGCUCUGAAGCGCGCCAAGAAGGAGACUGCGAAGGCUGCGGCUGCACAAGAAGCAGAAGAAGCAAGGAAGUAUUACAAAGAGGAGCAGAUCGCCGUCGAAGACUCGCAAAAAGAUGAUGUUGGCCCAGUCCUGUCCUUCGACGACCUCGCGUUCGACGAGAAAGUGAAGAAAGCAUAUUUCAAAGGUUUCAGCGCGCCGACUCCGAUCCAAGCAGUAUCGUGGCCGUACUUGAUCAAUGGAAGAGAUGUGAUUGGGGUGGCAGAGACCGGAUCUGGCAAAACGUACGCUUUUGGUGUUCCUUGCAUCAAUCGCAUCAAGAAGGAGCAGAAGAGGAUACAGGUAUGCAUCGUCAGCCCGACAAGAGAGCUGGCUUUGCAGAUUCAGGAGCAAAUGAUUAAGCUAGCUGAGCCGAAAGGACUGAAAGCGACCUGUGUGUACGGAGGUGUCAACAAGGACGAACAAAGAAAACUUCUCAAGGGCACACAUAUCUUGGUUGCGACACCAGGAAGGUUGAACGACUUCGUUGGAGAUGGGUCGAUUGAUCUGUCAGGCGCUCACUACCUGGUACUGGACGAAGCCGAUCGCAUGCUUGAUAAAGGAUUCGAGCAGGAUAUUCGAAAGAUCAUCACUUCCUGUGCUCCCAGUGCCGAGCGGCAGACUGUGAUGUUCACCGCGACUUGGCCACCUUCUGUACGGGAUCUCGCUGCUGAAUUCCUCCGCGAUCCAGUAAGGAUCACGAUCGGCGAUAAUGCUUCUGGAGAGCUACGUGCCAAUCAGAGAAUCGUUCAAGAGGUGGAAGUUGUCGAAGAAAUGGCCAAGCAACGCCGACUUCUUGACCUUCUUAACCAAUACGGAACGGGCAAGAACAAGAAUGACCGCAUCUUGGUAUUUGCCCUGUACAAGAAAGAGGCGACUCGAAUUGAAGAAUUCAUUCGACGCAACCGCUUUAACGUUGCUGGAAUCCACGGUGAUCUGAGCCAACAGAAACGUAUGGAGAGCUUGGCAGCAUUCAAGUCUGGAGAAGUGCCCAUCCUGGUUGCUACCGAUGUUGCAGCUCGAGGACUCGACAUCCCGGCAGUCAAGCUGGUGGUGAACGUCACAUUCCCACUCACAGUAGAGGACUACGUUCACCGCAUUGGCAGAACCGGCCGAGCUGGUCAAGAUGGUCGAGCGAUCACUCUUUUCACACAGAACGAGAAAGGUCUUGCUGGUGCGCUUAUCAACGUGCUCAAAGGUGCAGGUCAGCCUGUGCCUGAAGAACUCUUGAAAUUCGGAACAACAGUCAAGAAGAAGAGUCACGAUGCAUACGGUGCUUUCUAUAAGGAUACAUCAGAUAUGAAGGCGGCGACGAAAAUUACCUUCGAUUAGAGCAUAGAUUGCAUUUGCUAGAAUCUGUGGAGAUAGAUGUGUCACUUCAGGAUCUCGUGUUCUCCAUUUCGAGUCGCAUUUGUUCCGCCCCAAAUAGCAUUUGAGAGUCGGCGUCUGAUCGGCGACCACGGAGUUCUGUGGAGCGGCGGCAGCGGCAGCAUCGAGCUCAAAUACCAUCACUCUUGCCUUUC